UCAACGCAGGGGACCCAGGCGGGGGCCCAGGCGGCGAACCGGCCGAGGGAGGGGGCUCUAGUGCCCAACACCCAAAUAUGGCUCGUGAAGGGCAGCGACAUUCCUGCGGGGUGGCGCGGAGGGAGUGCCCGCGGGCUAUAUAAAACCUGAGCAGAGGGACAAGCGGUCACUGCAGCGGACAGCGCCAAGUGAAGCCUCGCUUCCCUCCCGCGGCGACCAGGGCCCAAGCCGAGAGUAGCAGUUGUAGCUACCCGCCCAGGUAGGGCGGGAGUUGGGAGGGGACAGGGGGACAAGGCACAACCGAGGGGAACCUGAAGGACUCCGGGGCAGAACCCAGUCGGUUCACCUGGUCAGCCCCAGGCCUGCGCCCUGAGCGCUGUGCCUCAUCUCCGGAGCCUCACGCGCUUUAAAAAGGAGACAAGACAGUCAGCCUCUGGAAAUUAGAUGUCUCCAAAUUUUUCUCUAGCCCCUUUGGGCUGCUUUACCUGGCAUGUAGGAUAUGCCUAGGGAGAUAAACGGUUUUGCUUUAGUUGUCGCCAAGGCAGUUCCCUUCCAAACUAGCGCUAGAGCUGAUGAGCGAGCAGCCAGGACCACCCACUCUGGGUUUCCAACAGGCGAAAAGGCCCUUUCUGAGUCUGAAAUGUCAUAGGGUUCCUAACAGGCCACUCUUCCCUGGAUGGGGUGCCAACGCCUUUCCCAUGCACAUCUCCUUCCACCCUCACGCUGGCCCAGCGAGCAGGCAGUGCCCGGGCCUUAUCUCCCUAGGUGAUAGAUGUGGUCAGGGAGGCGCAGAGAGGAUGGGCACUAGCGUCCAGCUCCUGGAGCAGGUGUCAGGCAGGCAGGGCAGACAGGGCUUGGGGAACAUGUUCCCCUGAAUAUACGGACAGAGGACUUCUCUGUGUGGUCUCACGACCCUGUGCCCCUUUUCCUGGUGCAGGGCAGCCCUUAGCCAGGGACAAAGCUCGGGAAGAGAACCCCUGGUGGCAGCCCUGGCAGAAUUUGAGUGGCUCCGGCAGCGGAUGUCCCUAGGUUCCUGGGGAGGGAGGACACGUCGGGGCCAGCCAGGCCUACCCCCCCGCCGCUGAGACUUCCGCGCUGAUGUACCGCGCCUCUUCGCGGUCUCCCUGUCCUUGCAGAAACUAGACACAAUGUGCGACGAAGACGAGACCACCGCCCUCGUGUGCGACAAUGGCUCCGGCCUGGUGAAAGCCGGCUUCGCCGGGGAUGACGCCCCUAGGGCCGUGUUCCCAUCCAUCGUGGGCCGCCCCCGACACCAGGGCGUCAUGGUUGGUAUGGGUCAGAAAGAUUCUUACGUGGGCGACGAGGCUCAGAGCAAGAGAGGUAUCCUGACCCUGAAGUACCCUAUCGAGCACGGCAUCAUCACCAACUGGGAUGACAUGGAGAAGAUCUGGCAUCACACCUUCUACAACGAGCUCCGCGUGGCUCCCGAGGAGCACCCCACCCUGCUCACCGAGGCCCCCCUCAAUCCCAAGGCCAACCGCGAGAAGAUGACCCAGAUCAUCGCCCAGCCUCGGCCUGGUCCCCAGUCACUCACUCUCUCCCGCGCGCGCACAGGCAUCGUGCUGGACUCCGGCGACGGCGUCACCCACAACGUGCCCAUCUAUGAGGGCUACGCGCUGCCGCACGCCAUCAUGCGCCUGGACCUGGCGGGCCGCGAUCUCACCGACUACCUGAUGAAGAUCCUCACUGAGCGUGGCUACUCCUUCGUGACCACAGCUGAGCGCGAGAUCGUGCGCGACAUCAAGGAGAAGCUGUGCUACGUGGCCCUGGACUUCGAGAACGAGAUGGCGACGGCCGCCUCUUCCUCCUCCCUGGAAAAGAGCUACGAGCUGCCAGACGGGCAGGUCAUCACCAUCGGCAACGAGCGCUUCCGCUGCCCGGAGACGCUCUUCCAGCCCUCCUUCAUCGGUAUGGAGUCGGCGGGCAUUCACGAGACCACCUACAACAGCAUCAUGAAGUGCGACAUCGACAUCAGGAAGGACCUGUAUGCCAACAACGUCAUGUCGGGGGGCACCACGAUGUACCCUGGGAUCGCUGACCGCAUGCAGAAAGAGAUCACCGCGCUGGCCCCCAGCACCAUGAAGAUCAAGAUCAUCGCCCCGCCGGAGCGCAAAUACUCGGUGUGGAUCGGCGGCUCCAUCCUGGCCUCGCUGUCCACCUUCCAGCAGAUGUGGAUCACCAAGCAAGAGUACGACGAGGCCGGCCCUUCCAUCGUCCACCGCAAAUGCUUCUAGACACACCACCUCCAGCGCGCGACUUCUCAGGACUACGAAUCUUCUCAAUGGGGGGGCGGCUGAGCUCCAACCACCCCGCAGUCACUUUCUUUGUAACAACUUCCG